UGGAGUCUGGACAACCACUUUCGUUGAGGAGAGACUGUCCAAACAAAAGAGGCAGUCUCAGUCUACAAGACACUGGAUCGUCUCUUUGAAAGGUGUACACCUUCACUCUUUUUACAUGUGGGAUUGUGACAUAUACCAACAUGAUUUGGAUAACUUUAUUUCUGUUUCAUAUUUUUCCUCAUCUUCUUGCAUCUUUAAAUAUAACUAUGAAUUCCAACAUAACUCAUCUUAAUAAAUCUGUUAAAUUAACUGAGGCGUUUGAGGAUGUCACUCAUCAUGACCAAAAAGAACAUUAUAACAGAGAUGCAGGCAAGGACAAGUGCACUAUGCCAUGUGAAAUGACAGCAAAGCUAAUGAGCGAUGAGAAGCAUUCCUUAUGCAAUAACCUCCAGCAUACCAUGGUCUCAUAUACAAGAAGCACUAGGAAGUUGAUCAGAGAUCUCAUUAAUGAACAACAGAAGACUUUGGAAUUUCUCUCAAGUCAGAUAAUCGAGCUUAUGACCAGAGUAAACACACUCUUAGAUGUGCAGAGAACCAACAGUGACAUAUUUUCUGUGAAGCCUAUACUGUCCCAUGGGAAAGAUUGUAGUGACAUCAAAGAAACACUAGGGGAAGUAUCUCCAAAAAUCCCCAGUGGGAUUUACUUAAUUCAGCCAGAAAACACAGAUGUUUCAUUUGAGGUGUUCUGUGAGAUGGAUUAUAUGGAGGGUGGAUGGACAGUAAUACAGAGAAGGACAGAUGGUCUUACGGAUUUCAAACGUGUUUGGUCAGAGUACUUAGAUGGAUUUGGACACUUACCAGGUGAACACUGGUUGGGUUUGAGGAAGGUCUUCAAUAUUGUGAGUCAGAAGAACACACGUUUCCAGCUGCAUGUGUCUCUGGUUUCCCAUGAUGAUACCACAGUCUAUGCUUCAUAUGACAACUUUUGGAUUGAAGAUGAAAUCAAAUUCUUUGCAAUACACCUUGGCAGAUAUGCUGGUAGUGCAGGUGAUGCUUUUAGAGGGUAUGACCAAGAGCAGAACCAGAACACAGCCCCUUUCAGUACCUCUGAUGUUGACAACGAUGGCUGUUUUCCAUUCUGCACUUUUGACGAAAAAGUUGUUGAGAGCUGCAGUGUGCACCUAAACAACACAGGAUGGUGGUUUAACCAAUGUGGCCAGGCAAAUCUGAACGGCUCACCUCUGGACCAAGAUCACUCCACCCAGUCACAUAUUCGAUGGGACACCUGGACCAAGAAUGGCAUACCUGUCAAAAUCAAAUCAGUGUCUAUGAAGAUCAGAAGAAUUGAUCUCCCGAACUAAUAAUAAAUAGCUAAAGCGUAUGAAGAUCAUGCAUUGAAAUGGAGCAAAUUAUCUUGGUACAUUCUACUAAUAAUGCACUUUUAUUCACAUUUAAAGGGAGAUGGCAUCUUGAUGUAUUGCCCUGUGCUUUUUAAUCUUGGGUCAGGGUCCAAAAAAACUUUAAACUUAUCAGUUGUUACGAAUAAGGGCAGUUAUGUCAUUACUCCUGGAAAAUUGCUAGAUUGGACCAAAUGUUUUCGCUUGAGAAAAACUGUCAAGUUAUCAGCUUUUAAAAUCCCAGAAGAAAACAUCGGUGUAUUUUGUUUGCAUGAGACAGCAGAUAUAACUCAAAACAGAAUUAUAGCUUCUAUUAAAAACUUUGUCAUAAUUAAUAGACAGUAGUGCCCAAACACAGGGCAGUCUGUUCCUAAAAGUGUUUUCUAACAUGAAAAUUUGUUCUUAUAUAGACGAAAUGGAAGUUUAAUAAAACGAGACUGGAUUUGUAUUUGUUUUACUUUGAAUGACAACUAGAUAGAACAAGCUUUUACUGUAGAUGACAACCAAGCACUUUGAAAUAAAGAAGAAUAUCUCUGUCCCCAUUGACGUGGG